CAGUCUGCUGAGAACUUUGCAAAAAUGAGUAACGGUGGUGAGCUGAAGGUUCACAAAGUUGGGGAAUGGAGUCAUCCUAGGCCACCUACUUCAGUAGAUCAAGCCAUCCUUGACAAGGUGAAAUUCCAGUAUGAGAUACGGGCCGGUUUGAACUCCGGGGAAUUUCUGGCAGUCCUUGUCCGUACUCAGCUUGUUUCCGGCACAAAUUAUCUUUUUAAGGUUUACAUUGGAGAGCGCACUUAUAGCCACCUCAACGUCCACGCACCUCUGCCUUGUACAAACGAGGGACCAGUGUUGGUGGAUUACCAACAGAAUAAGACGAUGGAUGAUGAGCUGGAGGUUUUCUAAGAUGGAGAUGAGAACGAUAC